AUUUUUUAAAAACUGCCUACUCACGUUCUUUUCCCGCGGAAACCCCCUCUAAGCAAGCCCAUAACCGAUUAAUCUGAAAUUUAGUUGGCUGGCCAGAAGGGAAACCACACGCAUGCUGAGAUACGUAGUGGGCAGAAGAUUGCCAUGGACGCCAUUUGCAACCUCUUCGCCAUCCCAAUUCUCAUCCCAAUCCCCCCACUUCACCAAACAAGUGUACACGAAUUUAGAAACUCCAUCAUUCGAUUCUUCUACAUACGCCAAUAUGCUUCAGAAUUGCAUAAAGAACAGAGAUUUCAUCCCAGGAAAGGCACUCCACUGCGACAUUUUAAAGAGAGGCGGAUGUCUAGACCUAUUUGGGCAGAACAUUCUGCUUAACUUGUACGUCAAGACUGAGUUAUUACAUGAUGCAGUUCAGCUGUUCGACGAAAUGUCUACAAGAAACGUGGUUUCAUUUGUUACUUUACUUCAGGGUCAUUUGCAGGCUGAGCAAUACAUUGGAGCUGUCGAAUUAUUUAUUAGAUUGCAUAGAGAAGGUCAUGAGCUGAACCCGUUUGUAUUUACAACAAUCUUGAAAGUGCUUGUGAGUAUGGAUGAAGCAGAGAAGGGUUGGAGCAUUCAUGCUUGUAUUUAUAAGCUUGGACAUGACUCUAAUCCUUUUGUCAGCACUGCCCUCAUUGAUGCUUACUCUGUUUCUGGACAGGUCGAUUUUUCGAGGAACGUUUUUUAUGGCAUUAUUGACAAGGACAUGGUUUCUUGGACAGGCAUGGUUACUUGUUAUGCAGAAAAUGAUAAGUUUGAAGGAGCACUGUGUUGCUUCUCCCAAAUGAGGCUGGCAGGUUGGAUGCCAAACAACUAUACAUUCGCGAGUGUUAUAAAGGCUUGCCUUGGUCUACAGGCCAUUGAUGUGGGCAAGAGUGUUCACGGAUGUGUAUUAAAAACUAGGUAUGAGAUGGAUCCUUCUGUUGGUAUUUCGUUGCUUGACUUAUACUGUAAAUCUGGAGAUCUGAAUGACGCUGCGCGUGUGUUUCAAGAUAUUCCUGAGCGUGAUGUAGUUCAUUGGAGUUUUAUUAUAGCGCGAUAUUCACAGAGUGACCGCUGUAAUGAGGCACUGGAGUUUUUUUCACAAAUGAGGAGAGCAUUAGCUGCUCCAAAUCAGUUUACUUUUGCUAGUGUGCUGCAGGCAUGUGCAUCUGUGCAAGCUUUAGACCUUGGGAUGCAAAUCCAUUGCUACGUGACAAAGUAUGGUCUUGAUUCAGAUGUGUUUGUUAGAAAUGCCCUCAUGGAUGUGUAUGCUAAAUGCGAAAAGGUGGAAAAUACCGUAGACGUGUUUCUGGAGACAGAAAACAAAAAUGAGGUAUCAUGGAACACUAUUAUUGUUGGCCAUGUACAAUGUGGAGAUGGAGAGAAGGCGCUAGAUCUGUUUGUUGAUAUGCUUGAAGCUCAAGUACGAGCUUCAUCGGUGACGUAUUCUUCUCUGCUGCGUGGUUGUGCAACCCUGGCUGCAUUGGAGCCAGGUCUUCAAAUUCACUCGUUGACUAUAAAAACCAUUUACGAUCAAGAUCUUGCUGUUGGAAAUGCUUUAGUGGAUAUGUAUGCAAAAUGUGGGAGUAUUAAGGAUGCUCGUUUGGUGUUUGAAACAAUGAACGAGCGUGAUGUUGUUUCAUGGAAUGCUAUGGUUUCAGCAUAUUCCAUGCAUGGUCUUGGGAAUGAGGCUCUCAAUAUCUUUGAGAGAAUGCGCAGAACGGAUGUCAAGCCUAAUCAAUUAACAUUUCUUGGUGUUCUUUCAGCAUGUAGCAAUUCAGGAUCUUUGAAUCAAGGAUAUGCCUAUCUCUCUUUAAUGUUGGAUGAUUAUGGUAUUGAACCUUGCGUUGAGCAUUACACAUGCAUGGUAUCACUUUUGGGGCGCUUAGGUCAGCUCGAUAAGGCUGUUAAGUUGAUUGAAGACAUUCCAUUUGAGCCAAGUGUCAUGGUAUGGCGUGCUUUGCUUGGUGCCUGUGUUCUUCAUAAUGAAGUUGAGCUUGGUAAAACAGCUGCUCAGCGUGUGCUUGAAUUGGAACCACAAGAUGAUGCGACUUAUGUGUUAUUAUCAAAUAUGUAUGCCACUUCGAAAAGGUGGAAUAAUGUAGCUUUUGUUCGGAAAAGCAUGAAGAAGAAACGACUAAAGAAGGAACCAGGACUUAGUUGGGUUGAAAACCAGGGCAGUGUUCAUUAUUUUUCUGUUGGUGAGGCUUCACAUCCUGAUAUCAAACUUAUACAUGGAAUGUUGGAAUGGUUUAACUUGAAAAGUAAGGGGGGAGGUUACGUUCCUAAUUGUGAUGUUGUUCUACUUGAUGUAGAUGAUGAUGAAAAGACACGCCUCCUGUGGUUACAUAGUGAGAGAUUAGCUUUAGCAUUUGCUUUACUAAGAACGCCACCUGGAAGUCCAAUUCGGAUUAUUAAAAAUCUACGAAUAUGUUUGGACUGUCAUGCAGCAAUCAAGUUUAUAUCAACGCUUGUGCAGCGAGAAAUUGUUAUAAGAGAUAUAAAUAGGUUUCACCACUUCCAAAAUGGAGCUUGUUCAUGUGGUGAUUACUGGUAAUAUGCCUCAAACUCCUAGGCUGUCUAUGUAUCCAUCUAUAUGGAACUUGCCUGUUUUGGCCUCUCAAGCAUUGAUACUGAAGUUGCUCCAUCAUUGGUCCUCUGUUGGUUCCCAUUUCCUUACUCUGGACGUGAAACCUGUGCAGGAUGAUACAGUGAUGUCCAAGAUUGACUAAAGAGAUUGAGACUAAUUGAAGAUGCGCUAACUUUGACUAGCAUGGAGGUUGAUACUGGUAAGAUAGUGAAGAUAUCAGUUCUACUCAUCUUAAGAAACUUGCUCUGUUGUGUUAAUUUGUGGUUUAUAACAGUUAGCUUCCCAGGUUUCAGACAAGCCUGUAUUCUUUUAAAAUAUAGUUUGACCUAUAAGCUGACUACUUGCCUUAAGUCUAUAUGAAUUUUACUUUUUUCCAAAAAAAAUAUUUCCCUCCUUUUUGACUCUACCAUCCCUCCCAAGGCCCUCUAUACUUUUUCUCUUGCGUCAUCUAUCUUGCCAAGGAGAUUUUGACCUGCUUCUUAGCCUUACUCUUUAACCCACCACGCUGUCUCCACCGAAAGAGCUCACAGUUUAUCUUCAAUACACCCUGUUUAAGCUACUGUUUAUUAUUUUGUAUUCAUUUCAUUUUUCUGAUUUGUUCUUCUUUGUAUCUAUAAAUAUAAUGAGCUAAGAACUUAUUUCAAUGAAAAGGGCAUGGCAGGAUUAUAUUUAUAAUUUCAUGAUAGACAAGGUUAGUUUGUUACACAAAGUGGAAGAAAGAGUUGAGUUAAUUUUCAGGAAGUGCAAAGCUGUCAAUAAGUGGAUUAAAAAAAUAUUAGGAGCACAAAAGUUAAAAGAAGGAUAGUUGGCAUGACAUUUGAAACCAUUACAGAGCUUAUGAACAAAACCUUGGGAAGGUAUCACAAUAACGCUAUUGUUUUUUUAAAAAAAAAAUUCCUGCAAUAACCCUAUUAUAUACGUGUUUCUUAAUUUUGACAAUUUAUUCCAAGGUUUUUCUUGAAUGAAAAGUUUGUGCUGUUAUAAUAAAUAUGUACUUUAUUUAGUCUUGCUGGUACGAGUCUAAUUUAGCAGUCGCUUGCAAAGGUGCGGCUGUUGGUCUGUUAUACAGGUCUAAUAAACAAAUCUUUUGUUCUUGCAACAAAAGAACUGUCGACCUGUUGGUUAUUCUUGGAAGGUCAUUUUGAGUAAACUAUGAGCAGAGGGCUGCGUUAGUCUUAUGAAGCCCGUCAAUAGUAGCUUGCAGAACUGCAUGUCUGGAAUUUGGCAUAUUUAUUGAACUAUUACAGACAGCUGCAUUUUGAAUGAAUCUACUCCAAGAUGACAAACUUAGUCCUGGUUUGAGCUCUUUAAAUUUUCAGCUUUAAAAGGACAUGUUCUGGAUAAAUCAAAUGACUUUCCCUUACAGAUGCAAUUAUAUUAUGGAAGCCAAGUAUAUGGAAUUGUUGCAUUUCCUGGAGAAGUAUUCUACUAUUCUUUUCCUCUAAAUCUCCCAACUGGUGCAGGUUAAUAUUUGUCUGGACUCUUAAGCUUUUGCUUCAGGGCUCUUCGAUUCUUUCAAUCCAUGUUAUCCACUUAGCAAUCCCAGGGAUGACUCUUCAAUCUUUGCUCUUCCUGUUUCUAUUUCCUAGUGACUUCCAGCCCUGUGUCUUGAGAAGCUACUUUUUGCUGAUUUCCAUCCCUGAUAACCUAUAACUCGAGACAAAUUUAUCUGAUCUCCUCCUUCUCUUCGGGAUCGAACAUCUUGGGAUUCAACAGAUUGUAGGUCCGAGUAUCCAACAUCAAUGAGUAUCCAACAUCAAUCUUACAAUAAUUUUUCACCGAUACUUCUACUAGGAUAAACUUUUCCCUCUUACCUCUGAGGAGAUGCAUUCUGAUCUUGUAUACCAGCAUCUCAAAUGUUGAAGUUGGCAAUGCCUUAGUUGAGCUACAUUGAUUUCAUAUAUUGUUGAGAAACAGAGAUAUGCUUCCUUUUCUUCAGUAGGCGAAUACGGAUAUAUUUGGUAUAUAGAUCAUUUGACU